CAAAAAGGACGGGGAUUUGAAAAUUUAGUGAAUACUAGGGGUUCAGUAGGAAGUGGCAGUGAGUCUGGCGGCGGAUGGUUUUCGGACCCUUUAAUCCAAAGACUCACUUCCGGCUCUUCAUUAUUAAGCGGUUCUGAAGGCGGAUAUGUCUGCAAUCAAACCCACGAUUGGGGGACGAAUGGGGGUUAUGGCGGGGGCGGUGGCGGUUGUAUUAGCGGGGGUGGAGGCGGCGGAUACCAAGUGAUGAGAUAUCGAAAGUCUUGUAACAGUAAUAACCGGACGGGUGGUGAAAGGAAUGGUAGAGAUGCCAGUGCUUCGCAACUACUGUCCAGCAGUUCAACUGAUGUGCAAUUGAGUCGUUUAAGACACGGACACAUCAUCACUGAAUACAAUCCCAACUACGAGUUCGGGGGGUCGACCUGUACUUUGCAAGACCUGAGAGAAGUUCCGCGAGAAAAGCUCACUCUUAUUAAAGCCUUAGGCCAGGGUGCUUUUGGUGAAGUAUACCAAGGAUUUCUACAUAAUAUGCCGGGAGAGAUCACCGAUGAAUUGCCAGUUGCUGUCAAGACUUUGCCAGAAUAUUCAGCCAAUAACCAAGCAGAAAUGGACUUCCUAAUGGAAGCGCUGAUAAUGUCUAAAUUUAAACACAGAAAUAUAGUCCGAUUUAUUGGAGUUUGUUUUGAAAAGAUGCCCCGUUUUAUAGUCCUGGAACUCCUGCCCGGAGGUGAUCUCAAGACAUUCCUUCGUGAAUCCCGUGCAACAGCUAAUAAAUCCUCGCCACUGGUUAUGGGAGACAUUCUUGUCAUUGCUUUAGACAUAGCACUGGGCUGUCAAUAUUUGGAAGAAAACCAUUUCAUCCACAGAGACAUUGCGGCCCGAAAUUGUCUCCUCAGCAGCAAAACUAAAUCUCAAAUGUCUGCUAAUAUUAAUAAUAUGAACCCUUUGUUUAAUAUAACCAAUUAUAGCAAUGGCUUUAAUAACAGUGGAAUUGUUGUUAAGAUCGCUGAUUUUGGAAUGGCCAGAGACAUUUAUAGAGCCGAUUAUUACCGAAAAGGAGGUAAAGCUAUGCUUCCGGUGAAAUGGAUGCCUCCCGAAGCCUUCUUAGAUGGUAUCUUCACGUCUAAAACUGACGUUUGGAGUUUUGGUGUUUUGCUUUGGGAAGUGAUGUCAAUGGGAUAUAUGCCAUAUCCAGGCCGUGGCAAUCAAGAGGUGAUGCAAAUGGUAACAGCAGGCGGUCGUCUGGAGGCACCCAACCCAUCGACACCCCCUCAAGUAUACGCUAUUAUGACUCAAUGCUGGAACCCUGCGCCCGACGGCCGACCAUCCUUUGCCACAAUCAUUGAAAGAAUCGGAUAUUGUUUGCAAGACCCGGACGUUUUAAAUUUAAAGUUACCUAUCUUUCAAAGGGCACCUUCAAUGGAAAGAGAUAUGACUUUAAUGCGUCCGCCGCCCGACGCAACCGACUAUUUAGUGCCAAACAAUCCCUGUUCUAACUCUAACUCCAACUAUAGUAUGAGUACUGAAAAAACUGAAUUACUAUCCCCUGACACGUGCUCCACAUUCAGCUGUUCUAACGAAGACAAUAAAUUACUGGAACUGUUGGAUGACGUCAACCCUCCAGUAGUACCGCCGCGAGCCGACAAUUGGAGAGAAACUAGUUUUUCUGACCGUAACUCAAAUCAGAAGAAUUUGAUCGACUCGUCCACAGCUAGAAGUAAUGGCAUUAAGUCUGACCUCAGGGCCAAUAACUCUGCCGCACAGCCAUUGAUAUUAGACGCGACCGCUCUUUUACAACAGCCCUCGCGAUAUGUCAACGUUAGUGUCAACGACACCGUAGACGCUCUCAACCCAACCAAUGCUAGAAUUAAUGGUCAAAUCAAUUGCUAAAUGCAUAACAAACUCAAUACACCGACUUGAGUCACUUUUGAAAACUUGUAUAAAAUGUACAUGCUACUAUAUUUAUUUGUUCAUUUCAAUUGAACUCAAAACUUCAU